GGUUGUUUGGAGGGGAUUAGACCCCUUAUAGCGGAGAAGCCCUUCAAUUAGUACAGUUCUAGUUUGGGCUUAUCUCGUGAGUGAUCUUGUUCGUUAUGGAGUACCCAAAAGUGAAUGCAGGACGUCGCCGUGGGUUUGCGAACCGAUUUAGUCGUCUUCGAAGUACUUGGGGGUCGCCGUCACCCCCAAGAGUAAGCUCUUAUUCACUGAAGACCGGGAUUCCUGUUUCUCGAUCUUCCGGCCGUGGCACUGGGGCCCGAAUGUCCCCGAACAGGAGUCCAUCUGUGUCAGGUGCACACACCUCGCUGGUGGUUGUUAUACCAAGGUCCCUAGGACCUCGUGGACGUCCACUAUGUCCCCGCUGUGAUACCGAUGACAUCCACUACAAUACGGGAGAGUGUGAAGCCAACCUCGUCGCCCGGGUAGUUCGCAGAGUGGAAGCGGACGUGCGAGGCAGUGGAAUAGGGCUCAAUCUGGAGGAAGUCCACGCCUUAUUCAGCGACGUUAGGUCGUAUGACCUCGUGGAGUUACUGCGACUGCCGCUGUUGUUUCUGCAGGCGGCAAGUGGGAAGACGAACCAACGCCUCCUGCUACUGGAUCCCUUGAAGCAGGCGGUGAGUUUGACGGUGAAAGAGACCGCUGAAUGGUUUGAUCACAUCCCCACGAUGGAGUUACAACAGGUGCCACUACAAAGUUCUCUCCUCAAGUUGGUGUUGGAUAUGGACCAUCGAGAUUUCUUGGACUGGUUGGAUCGGAAUAAGACCCCGAUCUCCAUAGCCUUCCGUUUGGACGCACGCAGGAAUGAGUAUCGCCGACUUGGCCUUGGUCCAGAUGUUCAACCUUGAGGGUAUUAUGGCGCGUUUGCUGAAGGUUCAAGGAUACCUGUUAGCAAUACUAUUAAGUGAUGCGCACAUAUAUUCAAUUGUA